AUGACCCAAUUCGUCGAUUCGACGAUCAACUUGCUUCGCAUUCAUCCAUCAUUUCGAUUGGUCGGCUUGUCGGAACCUCCCAACUCCAAUGUGGGAAGAGCCAAUUCGAAGCAGCAAUCUCAUUGGCUGACCUCUGAGCUGCUGACCUCAUUUUUUUUCCAUCACAUCAAACAGAUGGAGUUUGAGGAUGAGUUAAAUGUCAUUAAGAGAGAGGUGAAAGAUAUAACCAGAAUGCUACCGGUCAUGCAGUUCACGAACAACAUUAGAAAUGCUCAUGACAAUCAGUUGCGAUCUGUAUCUUCAUCAUUAUCCACCCGACAACUGCUAAGAAUAGCGCGAAGGUUAAAUGUAUAUGGUGCUGAUGACGAUGUCCAUCAUUUGGUCAGUAAGGCAUGUCUGGCCAGAUUCUUACCAAGACUGACUAAAAUGAUGUUUGAAGAUGAAUUGGUGAAAUUGGGAAUCGUUCCAACGUCACCAUCAUCAUCAAUAUCACCAUCAUCGUCAUCAUCAUCAUCCUCAUCAUCAUCUUACGAUAAAGCUGACGAUACAGAUUUGGAUGAAAUGAUAACAUGUGAGGUGAGUGGUGGGGUGUUGAGGAUUGGGUGUGUCCAGGCGCCCGUUCAUCCAUCCAACCAUCCAACAAAAGUUCCCGACAUUCUUUUUUAUGAUAAUUAUCAGCAUCUGAAGGUUAUGGAGGACAUGUUGAAAGACUUCUUACUCGGUGAACAUCUCCUACUCAUUGGGAAUCAAGGUGUUGGCAAGAACAAGAUAGCUGAUAGGUUCUUGCAGUUGUUGAACAAACCUCGUGAAUACAUUCAGCUGCACAGGGACACCACUGUUCAGUCAUUAACUGUUCAGCCAAAAAUUGUGGAUGGCGUUCUGAGUUACGACGACUCUCCUCUGGUGAAAGCGGUGAAGAGUGGGAGUGUGUUGGUGGUUGAUGAGGCAGACAAAGCGCCGACAAAUGUGACCUGCAUCUUGAAGGGGCUGGUGCAAGUUGGGGAGAUGCAUCUAUCGGACGGCAGGAGGAUUGUCAGAGGUGACUCCAGACUGACACCCUCUCAAUCAACCAUCCCGAUGCAUAGGGACUUCCGGAUGAUCAUCCUGGCUAACAGGCCUGGAUUCCCAUUCCUUGGCAAUGAUUUCUUUGCCGCAGUCGGUGACGCCUUCAGCACGCAUGCUGUCGACAACCCGUCAGCAGCGUCCCAGCUCAACAUGCUCAAGAAGUACGCCCCGUCAGCAGACGAGACGACGUUGAGGCAGGUGGCAGAGUUGUUUGACGAACUGCGGUCGUUGUCUGAUCAGGGGGUCAUCAACCAUCCAUUCUCAGCAAGGGAGGCUGUUGCGGUUGCCAAGCACCUGCAGAUGUUUCCGAAUGAUGGACUGAUGACAGCAGUUGAGAACGUGUUCGACUUUGAUGCGUACGACCCUGACCUUACGAGGGUCAUUCACAAGGUCAUGAGGAAGCACGGACUGCCUGUGGGAGGUCACGUGGGCAACAUUCAUCUGGCGAAAGAGCUUUCCAUACCUCCUAUGACGUACAAAUGUCAGCUGACUACGAAGAAUUUGAAGAACUCGUUCAACCUGAAAGCACAGAGGUUGAAGUUGGAUGACUUCCAACAAAGGUCCACCCACUUCAACGAGGUCACCUCAACUUGGCACAUCCCUAUUUUUCAGGGCAGUGACGUCACCAUGGUUACCGUUGCUAAGGCUGACCAACACUAUCAGCAACAACAAUCAUUGGACAACACCGACCAACUGAAUAGCGACAUCAUCCACGCCGUGACCUCUGACCCACUGACCCUCUGCUCAAUUGAUCUCCUCAGAAGGUCAACAACCCUAAUCGACCUCCACCCCCAACAGAGUCGGAGGAACAGAUUUUUUUCACAGCUGAACGUAGCAGCUCUGCAAGCCCCCCUCAACCAUGGUGUCGUCCUGCACGAUGAGAACGGGUACGAGGAGAAGAUACGGUACGACAUCCAUGGCCACUCCGGUGAGGGUCCUAAGUUCACUUUCGUCAGAUGUGGGGGUAGUGAUGGUUGUGGUGGAGGUGGUAAUGGUGGUGGGGGUGAAGGGGUCAGCCCUCCGGUCAACAACAAACAAAGAUUAGAUGUAGUCAUGUCUUUGUACGCCCACUCGCAAUUUUGCUUGAGUGGCGACCACACGCUGGAGGCCACAAAGAUGGCCGUCGAAGAAGUGGCGGCCAUGAGCGACGUUGAUGAUCGUUUCGUUAUCGUCCUUAGUGAUGCUAAUUUGGAGAGAUAUGGAAUCAGUGCCCGGAGAUUGGCCAGACUUUUGACCAGUAAGGAUAACGUAAAUUCGUACGCUAUUUUCAUUGGUUCUUUGGGAGAUCAAGCUGAAAGGUUGACCAAUGAGCUUCCAGCUGGCCACUCAUUCAUAUGCAUGGACAACAAGCAACUACCAAUCAUAUUGCAGCAAAUAUUCACCUCGGCCAUGCUCAGACCGUAACGACGUUUCUGAUUGGUGCACGCUUGCUUCUGACAUUGACGAUCUUUCCACCCUCUUAUGAUAUCUUGUAAAAAUAAUAGUGAUAAUAAUAAUAUACGGAUUAAUAAUUUCAUUUUUAUUGAUUUUAUUAUAAUAUUACGAUUAAUAAUUUUAUUUUU